AUGGUUCUCUCACCGCUGCCAUACCGCGUCCGCGAGACCUUCAAGCUCAUCAAGCGCGACGUCAAGAACCUCUUCCGCAAGGCUACUGUCGACGACAGGAACUCAUUCGACCGAAGGAUAACCGAGAUCGAAAGACUUCAGCAGCGUGUCACUUCCCUUCCAGAGCGACACCCCCCAUUAGCGCCCUCUACCGCCCCUACCACCGUCUCCCGCCGCCCAUCCAGCGAGCGACUCAACACAGGCACGACCGCCACCGAGUACAGCGAUGCGCCUUUUCCUCUUCUUCCUAGCUACCAAUGCGUAGAUGCCCUGCGGGCCGACUGGUACAAGUCUCGGCCGAGGGAUGUUGCUACUGAAGAACGAUGGCUUACCCGUGGCAUAGCCGUCAUCCUCGCGAUUGCGUUGUGUUACUGGCCGUCGAAUCCCAUCUGGGGCAUCUGCCCAAGAAAUGUUCGUAAAGGUCUUCAGGCCCCUUUUACCCACGGCGACCUCCUCCUCGCCGUCAUCGACCACUCUAGAACGCGAGAGAUCGUCGAAGACCUUUUGGUUGCCGUAUUACCAGGCGUCGAUCCCGUCGAGUUCCUCAUCCACGCUGGUGACCCAGCUCAACGACUCGCCGACGACGAAAGCAAUUUGCUGCACGAAAAAUUCUGUUUACUACUGAUGCCAGACUAUGUGUCAUCGGCAGUGGCCGACACCGGACUUCGGCGCCCACUAGCCUGA